AUGGCUCACAUGCCCAACGUGGUGUCGGACUUCAACGGCCACCUGAAUGACGGUCCUCGCGUCGUCUUCAAUGGCCACAUGGAUACUUUUCCGGUCAAUAACCUUGAGGGUUGGCGGGUUCCGCCGUACUCUGGAUACAACGAUGGCACCUCGAUACACGGGCUCGGGUCUGUCGACAUGAAGGCAGGUACCGCAGCUUCCAUCAUCGCGUUCACGUUGCUGAAGAAGCGGGCAUCGCAUCUUGUUGGCAGCGUAGCCUUGACUGUGGUCUCGGACGAAGAGACGGGAGGAAAAUGGGGAACGAAGUAUCUGCUUGAUCACUGUGAUGAAAAGUUACCUUGGCUAGGCGAUUGUGUCAUGAAAGGCGGGCCUGGUGGUCUGCAGUCUAUCCGCUUCGGCAAGAAGGGGCGUAUACACAACAGCUUUGAAGCCAUUGUAUACGCUGCCUGCUUGAUGACAAUACUCAAACACAUGGUCGAGUCGAUACGCGCGAACGUGCCGCCGGAACUUGGAGCCUAUCUUCGGUCCGAUGAAGUAAGGGCAGUUACCGACGAGAUAAUGGGAUCCGGGGCAGCAGCAAAUAUGCUCUCACCCACGUUGAACGUGGGCGUCAUCCACGGCGGCGUCAAAGUCAACAUGAUUUCUUCGAAGUGCGUCUUUGAAGCCGACAUUCGCCUCCCCAUCGGUCUCAAGGCAGAGGCUGUACUCAGGAAUAUUGACGAAAGGCUGCUCCUGUUAUUCCCUAGCGUGAGCUACUCUAUACAGGAAGCGGCUAGUGAUCCGGCAAGUUUUUCGGGUUUCAAUCACCCGCUUUCUGGGUACAUGUCUGAUGUUGCGUAA